AUGCGCAGUAGCCGCUUCCACGGAUUUUUGCUGAAGAUGAUUCUCUACUUGGUGACCUUUUACCACACGCUGCCCUUCUUUGCGAAUGUCUCCAUGUUGCUGCUGAACAGCUACCUCUCCUCGUCGGUAUCCUUUAAUCUGGAUACUAUAUACUUGAAUUGGAACUCUUCUUUUCCGGCCAUCACUGUAUGCGAGAUAUAUAACGCCGAGAGGAUUUGGGAUCUGAGUGAUUCACAUUUUGGCGUGGAGCACGAUAUGCAUGUGGACGAUUUCAUUUCCGAAAUUGUAUUCUACCGAGGGGUCUGCAGCAGCUGCGAGGAUUGCGCCAGGAUGCCAUGUCCUUCCAACUUCACCCACCUGCUGGACGUGUUCCGCACCAAGUGCCAUCAACUGCUGGUGAAUUGUAGCUAUCUGAACAAGCUGUUCGACUGCUGCGAUCAGUUUCUGCCCCUGCCCACGGAGUAUGGACUGUGCUUCUCCUUUAACUCACAUCAGGCUCGCAAAGUGUCCCAUGUCCAGUAUACCAACAACCGGAUGACGGGACCGGGACAUCUUAGCUUCCAUGCUGCCACCGACAUUCAGCUAUACGUUCAUGCCCCAAUCGAUGUGCCCUACCAGUUUUCCGAGGGCAUGAUACGGGAAACGGUGCUGCUAGGUCACUACAAGGAGCUGAUCCUGAACGUGAUCGAGGUGCACAACGACGAGAGUGUCCAAGAUCUAAGCAUGGAGCACCGGCGAUGUCGCUAUGGCCAUGAGCAUGUGCCAGAGCGCCAGGGAAUCUACGACUUCUACAGCUACUCUGGCUGCGUGGUGGAGUGUACUGUGCUACUCCAACUCGAGAACUGCAACUGCACCAGUCACUUUAUGGCUAUUCCCGGCCAGAAUUACCUACCCGUCUGUGACUAUCGCGGCCUGAUCUGCCUGACCCGGAUCCGCGACAAGAUCAUGACGGAGCGCAAGUCCUGCAACUGCAUGAGCUCCUGUGAGGAGCCGGAGUACAACAUAAUAUACAACUCGGCUGAUGAGGAUGAUGAAGCCUCAGAUGAAGUGUCGGAGAUCCGAGUGUCAUUGGUUGAGCUGCCAACACAACGAUAUGUACGUCGCGUAACUAAGACUAUACUGGACUUCUUGAUUUCCCUUGGAGGGCUGGUUGGCCUGUUCUUUAACACAUCCGCUCUGCGAAUCGUGGAGACCAUUGUAAUCUGUCUGCGGUACAGAAAAACGGUUGUGAAGUGGGUUAAGCGGUUCUUUCUUGGCACAGUUCAAUAUUUACAGAUCUUGGACCAGUCGACGUAA